AUGGCGGCCACCAAUGAACGAGACAGCUGCGUCUACACGGCAAAACUCGCUGAGCAAGCUGAGCGCUAUGAAGAAAUGGUCGAUGCAAUGAAGAAAUUGGCCACGCUGAACGUAGAGCUGACUAUAGAGGAGAGGAACCUACUCUCUGUCGGAUACAAGAAUGUGAUUGGUGCUAGGAGAGCAUCAUGGAGGAUACUGUCAUCCAUUGAACAGAAAGAGGAAGGGAAAGGGAAUGAUCAGAAUGUGAAGCGAAUCAAAGGGUACAGGCAGAAGGUCGAGACUGAGCUGUCCGAUAUUUGCACCGAUGUGAUGACUGUGAUUGAUGAACAUCUGAUUCCUUCUUGCUCUGGUGCAGAAUCCACUGUCUUUUUCUACAAGAUGAAAGGAGAUUAUUACCGGUACCUAGCAGAAUUUAAGGCCGGUGAUGAGAGGAAAGAGGUUGCUGAUCAGUCCAUGAAGGCAUAUCUGGCGGCUUCUACUGCUGCAGAGGCUGAUCUGCCUCCUACACACCCCAUCAGGCUGGGUUUGGCCUUGAACUAUUCAGUGUUUUACUAUGAAAUUCUCAACUCUCCUGAAAGGGCUUGUCACCUCGCAAAGCAAGCUUUUGAUGAAGCAAUCCAUGAACUGGACACUCUCAGCGAGGAAUCUUACAAGGAUAGCACAUUGAUCAUGCAGCUCUUAAGGGAUAACCUGACUUUGUGGACUUCUGACAUCCCAGACGAUGGUGAAGAAGGUAAGCUCGAAAAGGGCGGUGGAGGUGAAGAUGCUGAGGUUAGUUAUCUGUUCAGCUCGUGA